AUGGAGCCCCGGAUAUCUUCGCCUUCUCGUCAGUGGAAUGUCCCUUCCUCCGUUGCAUUCAGAUCACAUGACCAGAUCUGGCCUGAACCACUAGAUACUCCUGGAUAUGUUCCCAGUCAUCUCAAGCGCGCCGCAACUGGCCAAUUUCCGAUUUUGGAGCUCAUCCAGCGCCUGCUGUACCGCCUUAAACCCAGUGGCAUGGGUGAGGUGGAGAGAAUACUUGCUUUCAUUGGUCUAUACCAAGCCUUAUACCCAGCUUAUACGUAUCUGAAGGAUUUUUUCAUGUGGAUGUGUACUGCACAAGUCACUAUCCCAGAAGCUGAUCCUGUGGCAAAAGAGAUACUCGCUUGGAUAGGCUCAGAGGUUAUCACAAAAAGUCAUUCACGAAGCGCUAUGCUCAUCACUGGUGGCAUACAGGGUUCUCAUCAGGCAUUUCCCCCUGUAAUGAUGCCCUCUCCUCCGGGAGCGUCAACGCACAAGAAGGAUGACGGUAUCUUUUGCCUCUCACCCGUUGGUACACGACUCUUCUGGAUCGGCUUUCGCCCAUUUUUCUUCUCCCGCCGGGGUGUUCAGAGCUUUCGGAAUAAUGCAUUGACAUCUGCUAAUGCAAUACACGAUAGAAGCCAAUUUCAAAAUGCCAUUACCCUCACAACUCUAGGAUGGAGUCUCAGACCGUUACAAAACUUUGUGGAAAUGUGCCAUGACUUCAAGCUGAAGCACCUUACUGGCACCACUACGGUUUACUUUGCAGGCAUUAGCCGCAAUGAUCCCUACGGGAGCGGCUGGCAAUCCGUAUCCAAGGCCGUCCGCAAACUGGACACCAUCGACAUGGACGAAGACGUCAAAUUCGAUAUCGUCAGAGAUGCCGAGUACUACUACAGUGAUGAGUCGCGAGCCUUUUUCGCCGACUGUGGAAUUCCUUACAGACGCGGAUAUCUCUUCCACGGACCCCCCGGCACUGGCAAGAGCUCUUUCAGCGCUGCACUCGCAGGACAUCUGAGAUGCGACAUUUACCACAUUAGCCUAUCGAACGGUACCAUCAGUGACGACGCCCUCCAUCGCCUCUUUUUGGGCCUUCCACGCAAAUGCAUCGUGGUCAUUGAGGACAUAGAUUCCGCCGGUAUCGGCCGCGAAAACACAGCUUCACGAAGAGCAGCGCGCGAAGAACGAAUGCAUUGCUACAUCCCGAACGACGUCCUCGAAACAGACGCCUUUGAAGAACUAAUCCCUCAAAAACGCCCCGCGUCAACUUCAUCCUCUCGCAACCUAGUCACGCUAAGCGGUCUCUUAAACGCCAUCGACGGCAACGCUUCGCAAGAAGGUCGACUACUCAUCAUGACAUCAAACGACCCUGACGUCCUCGAUCCGGCCCUCACUCGUCCCGGUCGCAUAGACAAAAAAGUCUAUUUCGGCAACAUGACUAAAAGCGCAGGAAAGAGCAUCUUUAAGCGCCUGAUAGGGAGAUCUGCAAUGGCAUAUAAUUCGGGCUUUACUGCUGCGCAAAUUGCAAUGUGGGCGGAUGAGUUUGCGGACAAGGUGCCGUCGAAUGUUUUUUCCCCAGCACAAGUUCAAAACUUUCUUCAGGGCUGCCGCGGUGACCCGAUCAAGGCGUUGAACGAUAUCGAGGCGUGGAUUGCGGAGAAUCGCCCUUCACGUGUGAGUGGGGCGUUUGAUAGUAAAUUCGACUUGUCGCUAUCAGGAAGUGAGCCAGAUUCAGGGUAAGCAGACGCUGGCUGAGGAUGUGGAUGAUGAAGAAAAGGUAGCGUCAGGUGCUGGUAACGUAUCCCGGUCUAGUCUAUCAUGUACAAUA